CCUGCGGACCUGAUCAUAUCGCGGCUCUGACUGCAGCUCCCGACCCAGACCGGACGCGCAAGGACCGGACACCCGAGGCUCCGAGCCAUGGACGCAGCGGAGACAUCCCUCGCCGACCAGGGAGCGCAGCUUCUGGACAUCAGCGCCCGCUCGCCCGCCACGGAGCCCAGAGGUGAGCCCUCCACGCCGGAGAAGCCGCCCUACUCAUACGUGGCUCUAAUCGCCAUGGCCAUUAAGGACAGCCCGGAUAGGAGACAGACCCUGAGCGGCAUCUACAGCUACAUCAUAUCCAAUUUCCCUUUCUACGAGACGAACAAGAAAGGCUGGCAGAACAGCAUUAGGCACAAUCUGUCUCUGAACGAGUGCUUCGUUAAAGUCCGCCGCGAGAGUGGCGGGGACAGGAAGGGCAACUACUGGAUGCUGGACCCGGCCUUCCACGAGAUGUUCGAGAGGGGCAACUACCGGCGGCGGAGGAGGGUGAGGAGACCCUACAGACCCCCCAGCGCGCCUUACCUGGAGUACCCGGAGCAGCUCUACCUGCCGCCCUACGUGAGCAGCCCCUGGGGUGUGCGUCAGCCCCCGCCCGGCUCGUCCCAGGUCAUCACCGGUCACACCCGCUGCUUGUCCCCGGUGAGCUCCUACUGCCCUCCCCCGCAAUUCCAGCACCCCCCCUACGGAGCCUACCACUGCCACCUGCCCGCCGUGCUGGUGCCCCACAACGGCUUCCCCUACGGCGGAGUCACGCAGCCGAUGAGCCCCGACGGAGGCACCGUGUCCGUGGGGUGCAACUACCAGCAGUUCCCCUCCUAUUCGAGACAAGCGGAGCCGCAGCUCGCCCUCUCGUUUGACCACUAGAGUUUUAUUCUGGUGGGGUUAUUUGACAGCCAGUUCACAGACUCUGAGUUCAUCUGUUUCACUUUAGUUCACUUCAGCUGUCAGGCUCCACUUUAACUGUUACUUUGAAAAGGUGUUUAGGCUAAAUCUGUUGACCAUGUGAAACUGUUUCAUACGAUUUUUGAUAUCUUCUCUACACUUUACACUCAUCAAGAACUAUACUGUCAAAGUUCAGUGUUUUGCUUUAGAAAUGACACAGAUCAAGUGUGAGCUGCAGAAGAAAGUUUCUUUGUGUCUGAGGCUCAGUUUAUCACUUAUUAUGUUUUUUUUAUGAAUGCUUUCUUUAUUUUAUUUUAUUUUAGGCCUACAAAGGUUUAAUUAUGUUAUUUAUUUAUUUUCUCUGCCUUUAUCGAAAUGAUCUGACCUGCUACAUGCAACACAAGGUGACUGAUC